AUGUUCAUGGCCUCCAGGAUCCAGACCCGCGCCUUCUCGGCGUCGGCGAGAAACCUCUCCAAGGUUACCGUUCUCGGUGCCGCCGGUGGCAUCGGCCAGCCGUUGUCGCUGCUCCUCAAGCUCAACCCCAGAGUCACUGAGCUUGCGCUUUACGACAUCCGUGGCGCCCCUGGCGUUGCGGCCGAUGUGUCCCACGUCAACACCAAGUCCAACGUCAAGGGUUACGAGCCGACCCCCAGCGGCCUGGCCAGUGCGCUCAAGGGCGCCGAGGUGGUCCUGAUCCCCGCCGGCGUGCCCCGCAAGCCGGGCAUGACCCGCGACGACCUGUUCAACACCAACGCCUCCAUCGUGCGCGACCUGGCCAAGGCCUGCGCCGAGUCGGCCCCCGAGGCCAACAUCCUGGUCAUCAGCAACCCCGUCAACUCGACCGUGCCCAUCUGCGCCGAGGUCUUCAAGGCCCGCGGCGUCUACAACCCCAAGCGCCUCUUCGGCGUCACCACCCUCGACGUCGUGCGCGCGUCCCGCUUCGUCAGCGAGAUCAAGAAGACCGACCCGGUCGACGAGAAGAUCACCGUCGUGGGCGGCCACAGCGGCGUGACCAUCGUGCCGCUCUUCAGCCAGAGCAGCCACCCGGACCUGUCGUCCAACGCCGACCUGGUCAAGCGCGUGCAGUUCGGCGGCGACGAGGUCGUCAAGGCCAAGGACGGCGCGGGCUCCGCGACCCUGUCCAUGGCCAUGGCCGGCGCCCGCAUGGCCGAGUCGCUGCUCCGCGCCUCGCAGGGCGAGAAGAACGUGGUCGAGCCCACCUUCGUCGACAGCCCGCUCUACAAGGACCAGGGCAUCGACUUCUUCAGCUCCCAGGUCGAGCUCGGCCCCAACGGUGUCGAGAAGAUCCUGCCCAUCGGCAAGGUCGACGCCGUCGAGGAGAAGCUGAUCGAGGCCUGCCUGACCGACCUCAAGGCCAACAUCCAGAAGGGCAAGGCCUUCGUCGCCGAGAACCCGGGCAACUAAGUUGUUUAAUACAAGAAUUGGCAAUGCGGAUGACCAAGCGGGCUCUCUGGGCUGACCUUGCGUCUCCAACCGCUUACCCUAUGAACGAGCAAGACGCGAUUGCUUGUGAUGUAUAAUACUAGCAACGCAUUUUGAAUUUGCAGUUGACCCAACCUACGAGCUGGGCCGUCCAAUA